GUUUCAUUCUGAAGGCACAGAAGCAGCUUCAUCAUAAUUCACGGGAUUACUCCGGAGGCGGUCCUCGGCCGGCCGCUGCUGAUAAGGUGGAGAAAUGUGCACACACCGAGGACGAGGAGCCUGGAGUUAAGCACGGGAGAGAAAAGAUGCCGAAGAUGAGACAAUAAAGAAGAGCUGGUUCUGGGGCCUGUGCAGCCUGGAUGCGCAUGUCCACUCGGCCACGAUGACGAUGAAAGGCCUGUCCAGCAGCCGUAGUCUCCACAACACGGUGACCUGCGACGCCUCUUAUGACUCCAUGACCCUGGGACACUCGGACCGUCGGUCCUACUUCCUCAACCCCGGGGAAUCUCAUCCGACGGACCGGCCCUGCUACACCCAGCGUAACUCCUUCCAGUCCGAGUGCAGCGCGUACCCUGACUUGGCCAGCUGCACCUUCCCUCGCAGACAUUACAACUCUCACCAUGAACUGAAGGAGGAGUGCAGCGCUGUGGUGCCGUACACGGGGAGCAUUAAGGGAGGUGGAGAAGGUUGUGGAAACUACAACCGCAUCCCUUCUAACCUGCUCGAGCAGUUUGAGUGCCAGGCGCCGGUGCGCCGCGAAGGCUACCACACAUUGCAGUACAAGCGCACUGCAGUGGAGCACCAGCGAAGUGACAGCCCUGGUCGGAUACGCCACCUUGUUCACUCCGUCCAGAAGCUUUUCACCAAGUCCCACUCCCUGGAGGGGCCUUCGGGGUCUGGCGGUGGAGGCAGCGGGAGGACGAAUGGCAGCAAAUCCAGUCCCGACGACCCGCCCUCUUCUUCUGGCACCCUGAAGCAAAGUAAGCGCGGUAAGAGCAAAGACCGCUCCAAGUCGGAGCCGAAGAUGCGCACCGCCAUCUCGGGCUCCUGGAGCUCGGACGACAUGCUCGCCCGAGAGAUGUGCCUCCACCACCAUCGCCACGGGGGAAGCAGCGGAGGCCUGCCCACACGGGUCAUGACCAUGGGGCGCCAUCCGGAGAGAUGUCAGUCGCAGUACUUCAUGGAGUCCUACAACACCAUCAGCGCCCACUCGCUCAAGACGUCGCGCGGCAACGACGAUGUGAAGUGCUCGACGUGCUCCGGGGGCAGCGGCGGAGGUAUGCCGCUGAUGGGAGCGCCGGAUGGACAAGUGCAGCUGAAGAAGAGCUCAUGGUCUUCGACUCUGACGGUGAGCAGAGCGAGAGAGGUUUACCAGACGGCCUCGGUCAACCUAGAUAAAGCUCUCGUGAAAGCCGAGCAGGGACGCACCUGCCACUUCCUACAGGUGCCUCAGGAUGACUGGAGCAGUUUCUCUCCGCUGGGGAAGGAUGACGAGAUCCCCUGCCGACGGAUGCGCAGCGGCAGCUACAUCAAGGCCAUGGCAGAAGAAGACUGCGGCGACUCGGACUGCAGUCCCAAACCCUCGCCCAAGGUCCAGGCACGACGAGCCAGCUACCUGAAGGCCACGCAGCCGUCCCUCACAGAGAUGACCACACUCCAGAUUUCCACAGAGCAUUCACCCAAGCUGCAGAUCCGGAGUCACAGCUACCUGCGGGCGGUGAGUGAGGUUUCCAUCAAUAGAAGUCUGGACAGCUUGGACCCGGCAGGGCUGCUGGCCUCGCCUAAAUUCCGCUCACGAAACGAGAGCUACAUGAGAGCCAUGAGCACCAUCAGCCAGGUGAGUGAGGUGGAGGUGAACGGGCAGAUCGAGACUGUGUGUGAGUCAGUGUUCAGUGAAAUGGAGUCGCAGACGGUGGAUGCCCUGGACCUGCCCAUACCGAGCUGCUUCCGCAUGCGCAGCCACAGCUACGUGCGUGCCAUCGAGAAAGGCUGCUCGCAGGAAGAGGAGGAGGCGGGCGUCAGGAGGACCAACACAUCCCCGCGUACCACCACCACCGUCAGAACCAUCCAGAGCAGCACAGUGUCAUCAUGCAUCACCACCUACAAAAAGAUGCCUCCCCCGGUCCCACCGCGGACCACCCCGUCCAAACCCUUCAUAUCCAUCACGGCACAGAGCAGCACCGAGUCCGCUCAGGAUGCCUACAUGGACGGGGGCUCCGGAACGCGAACGGGAACCGGCUCCCAGCCGGGCCUGUCCAACUCCACCGAGAGCAUCGACAGCAUGAAGGCCCUGACGGCAGCCAUCGAGGCGGCUAACGCGCAGGUGCACGGCCCGGCCAGCCAGCAUGUCACCAACAGCACAAUCGCCAUCACUGCCACCGCCGCCACCUCUGCCGUCGCGCACGUCUCCGCAGACAGCAAGGCGCAGAGGGAAGCGCUCCGCAAGUGCCUCUCCAUCGGGAUCCAGGUGGACCCAGAGGAAGGAGGGCCGACGGAGGAGCAGUCUAAAUUCCAGUCGAUCGGAAUUCAGGUGGAGGACGAGCGAUGUUACCGCAGGAUGACCCGCUCCAACAGCGUCACCGCGGCGGUGCAGGCUGACCUCGACGACCCCUCAGACGGCCCGGAGCUUGGCCCGCGGCACUUUGCCACCAUGCCGCGGCAGCUUUCCCGCGACGCUGCCUCCUCCACGGUCAGCAUCCAGGGCUCGGGGAACCACUACCACGCCUGCGCCGCUGACGACUCUGGGGAGAUGGAGUUCGACCCUUCAAUCCUGCCCCCGCCGGACCCUUGGAUGGACAGUGUGGCGGAGCCAGAGGCGGAGGCCCUGCAGGCCGUCGGCCGAUCGGUGUGCCCCCCCGACGGCCGCUGGUUCCUCAAGUUGCUGCAGGCGGAGACGGAGCGGAUGGAGGGCUGGUGUCGAUGCAUGGAGCAGGAUGUGAUGGAGAAUGAGCUGCCUGAUGAGCUCCUGGGGAAGAUCCGCAGUGCAGUGGGGAGUGCCCAGCUGCUGAUGUCCCAGAAGUUCCAGCAGUUCCGGGAGCUGUGUGAAGAGAAUCUGAACCCAAAUGCAAACCUACGGCCCAUCUCCCAGGACCUGGCCGGUUUCUGGGACAUGCUCCAGCUGUCUAUUGAGAACAUUAGCCUGAAGUUUGAUGAACUCCACCAACUCAAAGCCAACAACUGGAAACCUCUGAGCCCACCAGAAAUUCAGGAGAGAAGGAUGCCCCCUCCUGUGCCAAAGAAGCCCCUGAAGGGCCACCGCCCUUCCCUGGCUCGGGACCGCUCGCUGGAGAGCUCCGAGCGCCAGCGCCUGGAGGCUCGCAAGCGCCUGCUGGCCGCCAAACGUGCCGCGUCGGUUCGGCAGAGCUCUGCUACCGAGAGCGCAGACAGUAUCGAGAUCUAUAUCCCAGAAGCUCAGACCAGACUAUGAGACACACAGACGCAUGUACCCACACACAUGCCCGAUACACUGUUCCACACACACUAAAGCACUGAAUGGUAGGGCUCGGGUGCUAACAUAACAUAAUCACAUUUUCUGCGGACUUCCCAGAUCACUGUGGGAUUAGUCACAAUGGAAGAAGAACAAGAAAUGUACAUGUACAGCUUUUAUUUAUUGGUCGUCCCCCCUCCUCAUUUCCUCCUCCCAGCUUUGAUGUAGCAGUCCCUCUUCACCCUACAACGAUGUAUCUUAUCCCUUUUUUAAGUGGCCUGAUAUUACAAAGUAAGCCAGGUGUAGCACAGCAGUGAUGCUUCACAUUAAUAUGUUUCAAGUGCUGAAAAUCAGAGGGAAACAGGGAGGGAACAUGCAUGUCCAUGUGGAGUGUGUGUAUGUAUGUAUAUAUACAUGCAAAUACUAUAAACAAGUGAUGAAUUUGAUCUGAUCGAAUCAAAUGUAAAGACCAGACCUGACCUAUUGACUUAUAUUUAAGAAGAAUUAUUUAUGCCUAUUUUGUUUUGAUCUUUGUAUAAAACACCAUAAUCUAAGUUUUGAUAUAUUUAAUGAGGCCAAACAUGAUGAAAGAAGAUGAUGGUGAAAAGACCAGACACUACCGUGUCAGUUCAAGACACAAUUCGCCCUCUGUCUGAAAAUGGGCCAAUCCCUGUAAGAAGGGUCAAGAGGUCAGAUGUUGCUCCUCCAGGUGAGGCAAAGUGGCCAUUGAGCCUGUGGUUCCUGCAAAGAUGGCAAUUCACUGAAAGAAUCCCUGUUUGAAAAUGCCACGAAGCUAAUCUGUGUGUGUGUGUGUGUGUGUGUGUGUGUCUGUGUGCGCGUACGUGUGUGUGUGUGUGGUAUGAUUCAGACGUCACAUUCAAAAGUGCUUCCUAUUUUUCUAGGUCUAAUGGGUCCUAGUUGUAAUUGAAUAUUGAGGUAGCAGUGCCAACCAACAGAAAACAAACCACCCAUCUUGUCUCAUUCUAAAGAGAGAAACACAUGUUUGUAUAAAGACCAUUCAGUAUAAUGACAUGGCACGCAGGCAGACACAAAGUAACUGAUUUUCUUAGUCAUUUCAAAAAAAAAAUCACAUUUUGGGUUGCAAACUCUUCGGUGUUACAGGCAUUGCUAAAGUACUGAUAUUUGGUACAAUACUCUUAGCUUUACUGCAUUUUAUUACGUCAUUUUAAGAAGAGAGAGGUUUAUUGACAGUAGUGAGACUAAAGAACUGAAAAGGGACUAUUUUCUCCUCACUGUGUGUGCACUAUCUGCCUCCAAAUGAAGCAAUUAUUUGAAGGUCACACAAAAAAAGAUCAAAUUUCUAAUAUUUUGUAUAAAUGUUUAAUUUAUUGGUUAUAGGAGAACUUUUUACUGACAUUGUGACUAUUAUUAUGCACUGACAACAAGGCCCUUAUACUGUGUUUUUUAUGUUAUUUAUGUUGAUUCUUUAGCAUGACAGGCACCUUUUUUUGUCUUUUCCGUUUCAGUGAUCAGCCUUAAUUUCUAAUAUAGUCGAGCACAACAGCAGUCUCAGGGGAAGAAGUGUGCGUGUGUGUCUGAGAGUGUGACUGACGUUAUGUGACCCAUGGCUUCGUCUCUCACUGUACAUAAAGCCCCAGUCACCAGGAUCGGCCAUGAUGGUAAACAGGGGAUUCAUAUCCACGCCAUCUUUUGAAUGAUGCUCCUAUUGAUCUACAUCUCAGCCCUCAUUACUUCCAUGUAACCGGGUGUUUCUGUCAGCUGCUUGAAUGUGGAGACAAUCCUAAGCCAGUUUACCAUCACAUACUUGUUUCGAGAACAGAAUAGCCAGACAGUGGUGUGUAGUUUGAUUCUCUGUAUUGAUCCGACAACAUUUUGUGCCAUUGGAUAACUAUAGGGAUGGAUAUAUUCCUGCUACUUGUCCCAGGAAAACCUCCACCUGAUGUUUUCAUUUGGAGCUCCAGUGAUGAAGUAACCGUUCAGUAUGAUUUGUAUUUCCUUUGGUCGGUCGAUAUGAAGUUAAGAGAGGAUGCAUACGAGGAAUAAUAGUUCAAACUUAUUGCCAUUUCAUGGAGAUGAAGGUUAUUUUAGUAUUUUUUUUAACUUUGGAAUGUGUAUUUCAAUAGAAUUGUCUGUCAAAUGAAUGACUACCUAUUUAUGUUCAUGAUAUUAACAUAUCAAUAUAAUAAUGGUAAUCCUGGUAUAGCAGGGAGAUAGAAACCGGACUGUUGGAUUGGGGUUAAUUGCUAAACUCUAAAGACACUCCGGCAACUCUGAAGCUUGUGAGUUAUAUUCAGAGAAAAACAUUCAAAUCAACAUUUGUACAUACAUGAAUGUUUCCCUAUGUAAAUGUGACACCCCCCCCCUCCCACAAACAAAUAACCUAUUAAGCAAAUAUACAUUUUGUAAUUCAUGUUAUUACACUGUUGAUGUUAUGGCACGUGUAUGAGCUUUUAUCAGCAUUAAACAAAUAUAUCAUUGCCA